AUGGUUCUAGUUCUGAAUAAAAUUACUCUCCGUGGAACGCAGGUCUGCAAUGAUUCUCUUGGUUGGACAGAGGCCUGCACUGAUGCUCUUGGCCGUACACAGGCCUGCACCCAUGCCCAUGCUUGCAACACAGAUGGUCCUGAUAACUCCCACACACACACUUGUUACCAUAUCCACACCCAAGUUAUGCCUGCCCCUAGUGAAAUUCAAUCCCCAAGCGAUGAUAAUGCAGAGUCAGUAGAGAGAAAACCUAAGAGUCGCCCGGUAGGUAAUCGUGAAGCCGUACGCAAGUAUCGCGAGAAGAAGAAGGCUCUUAAUGCAUCAUUGGAGGAUGAAGUUGUUAGAUUGAGAGAUUUGAAUCGGCAGCUAAUGAAGAGGCUUCAGGGUCAAGCUUUAUUGGAGGCCGAGAAUGCUAGGCUCAAGUGUUUGCUUCUACCAUCAGCCAUGAGCCAGCUCCAUGUUUACUAUGAUAAGACUUUUGAAGCUUUUUUAUUUCUCCCAGCUACUUUUGGGGGAUUCAUACAGUCAUUGGAAGGUUCUUUCCUCGUACAUCUCAUGUGCCUCUCGUCUUUUUUUGUAGUUCUGUUUCUGUUUUUCCUUUUGUGUAUAUCCGGGAGGAGGUGUAGGUUGUCACUCGUGGGAACUUGA